AUGAGAUGCAUGCAGAGGCAGAGGCAGACAUCCAUCCAUCUGCCGAGUGCCCGCCGCUUUCGUCUCCCCUCCCCGGCCCCCUCUCCUCUCUGCUAACUAGCAAUUGCUCCCCACCAUCCGUAGAUUCUUCUUCUCCUCCAGCUCCGGCCACCGCCCGCCCGUCGACGAUUAAUAAUGCAGCAGCAGCAGCAGACGACGACGACGACGACAACAACAACGCCGCCGGUGCAGCCGCAAAAUAAAAGGAUGAGGCAUCAGCAGCAGCAGGAGGAGGAGGCGGCCGCCAAGGCCACCGAGGACAGCCGCUUCCUCUUCGACGCCGGGAAGCCGCCUCCGUUCCGCAUCGGCGACGUCCGCGCCGCCGUGCCGGCCCACUGCUGGCGCAAGAGCCCCCUGCGGUCGCUGUCCUACGUGGCAAGGGACGUGGCCGUGGUGGCGGGGCUGGCCGCGGCGGCGGCGGCGCUGGACAGCUGGGCGCUGUGGCCGAUCUACUGGGCUGCGCAGGGGACAAUGUUCUGGGCGCUCUUCGUCCUCGGACACGACUGUGGUCACGGGAGCUUCUCCGACAGCGCGACUCUCAACAGCGCGGUGGGGCAUCUCCUCCACUCCUUCAUCCUCGUCCCCUACCAUGGAUGGAGGAUCAGCCACAGAACGCACCAUCAGAACCACGGCCACAUUGAAAGGGACGAGUCAUGGCACCCGAUCACGGAGAAGCUUUACCGGCAGCUUGAACCACGCACCAAGAAGCUACGCUUCACCGUCCCGUUCCCGCUCCUCGCAUUCCCCGUCUACCUAUGGUACAGGAGCCCCGGCAAGAAUGGAUCUCACUUUCUUCCCAGCAGCGACCUGUUCAGCCCCAAGGAGCGGGCCGAUGUCAUGCUCUCAACCACCUGCUGGUGCGUCAUGCUCGCAUCGCUGCUCGCCAUGGCGUGCGCCUUCGGACCACUCCACCUGCUCAAGCUCUACGGCGUCCCAUACCUUGUAUUUGUGAUGUGGCUUGACCUGGUGACGUACCUGCACCACCACGGCAGCCCCGAGCAGCAGCUCCCCUGGUACCGCGGCGACGAGUGGAGCUACCUGCGUGGGGGCCUCACCACCGUGGACCGGGACUACGGCUGGAUCAACAACAUCCACCACGACAUCGGCACCCAUGUCAUCCACCACCUCUUCCCGCAGAUCCCGCACUACCAUCUCGUAGAAGCAACCAAGGCUGCGAGGCCGGUGCUGGGCAGAUACUACCGGGAGCCGCAAAAGUCAGCAGGGCCGCUGCCACUUCACCUCUUUGGCGUGCUCCUCAGGAGUCUCAGAGUGGAUCACUUUGUCAGCGACCACGGGGAUGUCGUCUACUACCAAACUGACCACACCUUGCUUGAUCAACACCCAAAACGGCCAUAAGCAAAACUAGUGAUUCGUUCCAUCUGCAUGCAGCUGGAAAUUAAUAUUAUAUUACGACGACCUCAAGUUUAAGCAUGCACAAGGCAAGGAUUUAUACGUACGGAAUUAAUAAUUACAUCCUGGUAGAUCGAUUUAGGUAGCAUAGAAAAGUUAGUCAAAUAAUUUCAGCAGCAAAGCAAGCAAGCAAGCAAGCAAGGGAUGGGAUCCUGAUCUAAUUAUAUUCAAGCGCACACACACAUAUAUAUGCAUGUAUUGUUCGUUGAUUAUUGGGCUAUCUAGCUCAUCGGUCGGAUCAUCAGAUUCUUGAGAUCAUUUAUAUUCAUCAUCACCCACCAAGCAGGUUGGGUAGCUAAGCAUUGUUAUUAUAUAUAGUCAAUACAUAUAUAUGUGUAUUGUUCGUUGAUUCAAGCAAGGGAUGGGAUCCUGAUCGAUCUAAUUCAAUCAUACACACAUAUAUAUGUGUAUUGUUCGUUGAUUAUUGGGCUCAGAUCAUCAGAUUCUUCAUCGCCGAUGGCGACUAGAGUAGCUAAGCAUUGUUAUACAAUAGACAAUAUAUUUGUAUCCCUGGGUUGCAUUGCAUGCCCCCACUCUGAAACCUGUAUUUGCCAGCUCUGGCUCACAAAUUGAAAAACAUGAGUCGAUCUAUGUGUAUCAAA